AUUCAAUAAUACUGUAUAUUUGUGGCCGGAGAUGCGAGUUGGGCUUCCACUUUAUAUUUGUAAUUAUAUGUAUUUUUAAUCAAGAGCAACGUCAAACAUGCGGGUACUUCGGAGACGUCGGGAGCAUGAUUUGACGUAUCAAACAAAUAUUCAAGAUAGCAGCCUACUUGCUUGCAAGCAAAACAUGCCACAGAAGAAGAAAGAUUUUCAUUUAGACCUGUGGUUCUGCCUAACACUGCAGAAUUGGAUUCUAGACUUUGGACGGCCUAUUGUCAUGAUCAUGCUCCCACUUGAGUGGUUUCCCCUCAACAAACCAAGUGCUGGAGACUAUUUCCACAUGGCCUACAAUGUCAUAACACCUUUCCUCAUGCUUCAGUUGGUUGAGCGAAGUCCAAAGUCACUACCUCGCCCAGUAGUCUACCUCUGCAUCAUCACUUUUGUCAUGGGAGCCAGCAUCCACCUUGUGGGAGACUCUAUCAACCACAGACUCAUUUUGAGUGGCUACAAGCUCCAUCUUUCAGUCAGAGAAAACCCAAUCAUUCGAGACCUCAAACCUGCCUCACUGAUUGACUCAUUUGAGCUGCUGUAUUAUUAUGAUGAACAUCUGGGACAUUUAAUGUGGUAUAUUCCCUUCUUUAUCAUUCUCUUCAUCUACUUUACUGGAUGUUUCACAAAUUCUUCAGAGCAGAAGAUUCCAGUCACCGGGAAGCUGUUACUUGCACCCAGCGCACUCUAUUACUGGUACUUGGUCACAGAAGGACAAAUCACUGAACUCUUUCUCCUCACCUUCUUUGCAAUGGUAGCCAUGGUGAUUCAUCAAAGGCAUAUUGGCUUGAACCCGGACAGCAAUGGACUUUUCUUGUUCUAUAGUUUCUGUUUUACUGUGCUUCUAGUAGUUUUAUGGGUUGCCUUCCUAUGGAAUGACCCCGUGCUACGCAAAAAAUACCAGGGCUUAGUGUAUGUUCCUGAACCAUGGUCCUAUUACACGUCACAUAUAAAGAAUGUUUCCUGAAAGAGAUAUGCUCAGACACAACUGCCUGUGACCAAAGACGAAGAGGACAUAUGUUCCCAAAAUUCUGUUACACCAGUUUUACAAUGUGUCAUUCCUUUUUGUUACAUUUACAACUGAUAUGUAUAUUUAUAGUGUAUACAUCGAUAUUUUUCUCCCGGAUGAAUUAUUUCACAGUAUUACUUUGAUGAUGCCUGCGACUGACUGGUGAGUCAUUCUGGUUGUACUCCUGGAAAGGCUCACAAGCACUUUGUGACAUAUCUGCCACUACACAUGUAAUUUUUCCCAUUUUCGCUUGUAUUUUUACUUCCUCGUACAUUUGAUAAAAAAUUUAAAGUGUUUUUCUUAUUCUUUGGUUUUAUUUAGCUGUUUUAUAUAUUAAAUGCUUUGGGUACUCAAUUAUAGAACAACACUCCUAAAACACUCUACUAAGCAUUUAAUUAAACGUCAUACACAAAUCUCAACUGCAAACUGGAGUAAGCAUGACUCAAAAGCUCUAGUUUUGUAGUUCGACAUCAAUAUGGCUUUCCUCAUCUUUUCUUAGAGCUACUGAACAGACUGUUCGGCAAAACAAAAGACAAGAAGAUUCCAUUCAAAGUACGUUGCUCACAAAAUAUAGCUCUAUAAUGCUUCUUCCCAUCAAGCAAAAUUAAAUUCACAUAUGGUGGCAUGCACCCCAUCGUGGCAACGUGAUUUGGGAGAAAAAAGAACAAGAACGCAUCAUAAAUCCUCCUUAAGAAAUGGUUUUAAUAUAAUUAAUAUAUAAUUAAAAAAAAAAAAAUUACAUGACCCAUUUAACUUCCGACAUUGUGUGGAAACUAAUGUUGGAUUUUUACAAUUUUAGUAAGAAGAGGCUAUUCAAAAAGGUUGCAUUCAUUUUCAUGCAUCAACAUUGAUUUUCUCAAUUUGUUGGUAUUUUUUUAGCUGAUUUUCUAUUCGCGAUUUCAUGCACAAACGUUUCCCAAGGUGGCUUUUUGAAAGAAAAAACUUGAACCCUUCAACAAAUAUGUGUUGAGUCAUACUCACGUAGAAGGGCUUCCAACCAGACACAACCUAAUGGCAGAAUGACAUUUUGGGAAUAUUGUCAUGUUGAUACGUACAGCAGGGCUGUCCUUUCUGUAUUCCACCAUGGACUGCCGACUGCCAGAUAUAAUCUGGAUGGUGUCGUCCCCAGUUUUUUGAGAGGGUUUUUCUUUUCCUCCCACAAUUUAAAUAAUGACCUGAGCAAGAGAGGGGCAGAGGUAAAGACAAAAAGCCCAGAAAGGAGAGAAAGCAGGCCCAGGGGAUUACAUGUGUGUCUAUGAUUCCAAAUCCCCCGGUUACCUGAGAGGCAGUACCCGAAUAGAGCACCAAGAACUCCCACUGGUUCCAAGAACAGGCUGUUCCGGGUGUGCGAAACCAUUUUUGAGUCCGUUCGAAAGAGAUAAUUGAGAAACGAUAAUUUAUUUACCGUGAAAGACUGGAUCGUCAUUGUUCGGGGAGUAUACAUUCACUAAUGUGUAUGACCUAUUACAUAUUGUAACCAGUAUAAAAAUGUAUUGGCCUCUCGGGUCCGCUAUUGUGUUAACCAAUGUAAAAAAUACAGUAUUGUCUUAUGGGUUAUAAUUGCUACUCCUCUGUAAAUUUGGAAUAGUGGUGAGCUUCUUUUCAGAUUGAUAAAUGGGUUUUUUGCAUGACAAAAAAGUCUGCCUUCAGCUUUGUGAUGUUUUCUCAAAUCUUUUCGCUUGCGCCCAGAAGCCCUUCACAUUGAAUGAGAUAAAAGAUAUAUGCGACAUACUGUGCAUAAUGGUAGUCAAACUGAUAGUGUCCUACAUGUAAUACAGUCCUGAAGGUUAUCUAACCGCUAUGAUUCAGGGAUGAUUGAGUGUAUUGUGUGAUAAAUUGGUAAAUGCAUUUCACAUGCGUCUAUGCCGUUUCCAGAAAUUGAAGUAUCUCUGUAACAAAAAAGAACAGUAGCACAUUAGAAUGUUUCACAGACCUGACAGAGGAGGACCACAAAUGCGUUGCGUUUAGACAGUUUUUCUAUAUCGAAGGGAACAGUAGGGCAGGUGAAAGAAGGCAACAGUACAUAUGAGGGUUAGGCAGAAUUUGGGGUUCCAAAAACAGAAUGCAGGUCGAGUUACCUGGGCAGGACAGAAAGAAGUCAAAACCAUGGCUUGAAGUACACAGGUUAAUUGUAGAGUGAAACAGUGCUAUUGGCUGGUCCACUAGGUGAACUGAGAACAGAUGGGGCUAACUGAAGACAAUCAGGGUUUGCAGCAGCAGGGACAGAGGCCAUUGCAAGAAUGGGUAUAUUGUGGGCAAGGGCAUAGGUUUGGUCUCCACUUUGGUAGGGACGAUAUAACAGCAUAACCUGCAGGUACACUUUUUGCUGGAGACGAGACAUUAAUAAGACCAAACAGACUGGGUGAUACAUUUCUGACGAAUAUGAACCUAACUAAUUAAUAGGCUAAAUGAUCAAUAUAAAAUAAAUCUGUACUGACCUAUACUAACUUUCACAUGUAUUAGUUCUAGUGAUACAUCGUUCAAUUCAAACCUUUGUUUUCAAAACUACGAAAGAAACAUUUUGAAAACUUCCAGAAAAAAUGUCAGGAUUUUUUUUUUUGUCUGUGUUUAGCAAAUUUAAAUUGCAAUAUUUGAACAGAAUUUAAAUUAUAUUAACAUACACAAUCUCUUUAACUAUACAGGAAUGCAAAAAAUAAAAAAUUGUCUUAAGACCAUUCAACAUUGUCUGUCUAAAUAAAAAAAUUAAAUACAACAGAAGAAAAUUAGGGAAUACCAAAAAUAAAUACUAAUGGAACCUUCCUUCAGUUAAAACACUGCUGCUUUUGUACACAAACACAAAAAAACUCAACAAAAAAAUGAAAGAUUUGAGCUGCUUUAGGACCAUAUAAAUAAAACAAAAAUGAAAAUUGGGGAAAAGGGGUUACACCUCGGUUCACAUUUCUCACAAUUAAUGUUAACAGUGGAAAACAUACUGAAGGACACCUCUCUAAGCAGCUUCCUACUCGAGUUUUGCAGGUUAGCAAAUUAAUACAAUUUAAUGUUAUGCUAACUCUGAUGCAGGUUGGACUUUCACUAGCAAAAUUAGUAGUGUGUUCCCCACCUCCACAACUUUGACAUCUUUUUACAUUACUUACAGUGGUUGCUGCUGCUGCUGGCCGAAAUAAAAUUCUAAUAUCCCUCGUCGUCGAAGGGGGCAGAGGAGGUGGCAUGUUGUCGACAUGUAUUUCUGUCUGGGCAAUGAGUGCGUGUGUGUGGAAGGGAGGGGUCAUGUCAUCAGCCAAUAAAACGUGUGUUUGUGGGAAAAAAUGGACUGGCACAUUCUGCAAGUAAAAAGGGGAUUAAUGUUAUCAUGAACAUAAUGAAAGUAAUUCACUUAAUAAUGGU